UGUGCCCCGUGGUUCUCCCUGGACAGCCGCUCAGGCUGCCAGGAUCUCUGGCCGCCAGGGCAGCAGGAGAGGCGGGAACACAGCGACAGCAGCCGGCGACAGCUCCGCCCGGGCCGGCCCACCUGGGGUCUCCGGUCGUGCGAGGCUGCAAGGCCAGCGCCCCCGGCGCGAUCGGGGUCCCAGCAGGGGCGGGGCGCGCCCUGCGUUUCCGGGAGGAGCGGCCCGCGCGCGGCAGGUGCGGCGGCGCAGCUCCCAGCACCCAACAGAGGCAAGGUUCCUGUUUUCAUGGCUACUGGCAAGCCAGGGGCUGGGGAAUCCCAGGAGGAGGAGGAGGAGGAGGGGGCUUCCACUGGACAGCAGGCUGCCAUGCUGCAGCAGGCCCAGGAGCUCUUCUUGUUAUGUGACAAGGAAGCCAAAGGCUUCAUCACCCGGCAGGACCUGCAGAGCCUGCAGAGUGACCUACUCCUCACACCUGAGCAGCUGGAGGCUGUGUUUGAAAGUCUGGACCAGGCCCACACUGGCUUCCUCACUGCCCGGGAGUUUAGCUUAGGCUUGGGGAAGUUUGUGGGGGUGGAGUUGGCUCAGGGCAUGCAACGCUCCCGGACUACUGAGGAAACCUUUGAAUCGGGCUGGUCAGAUGUGCAGGGCACCAGGGGUUCCCUGGAGGAGGAGGAGCAGGAGCAAUUUUGCACUGCACUGGAGCAGCUGGGAGUGGCCCGGGUCUUGGGCAAGCAGCCGGCUGUGAGGGCACUGUGGGCCCAGCUGCAGCGCGAGAGACCAGAGCUGCUGGGUUCUUUCGAGGAAGUUCUGAUGCGAGCGUCGGCCUGCCUAGAAGAGGCAGCCAGGGAGCGCGAGGGCCUGGAGCAGGCACUGAGGCGGCGGGAAAGCGAGCAUGAGAGGGAAGUGCGUGGCCUCUAUGAGGAGCUGGAGCAGCAACUCCGGGAGCAGCGGCAGCGCGGCAGGCAGAGCCAGAACCUACCCCUGGAGGAGCGAAGGGGGCAUCUGGAGCUGGAGCUGCAGAGCCGCGAGCAGGAGCUGGAGAGUGCUGGCUUGCGGCAGCUGGAGCUGGAACGGCAGCUACAGGCCCGGGCUGCAGAGCAGCUGGAGGCGCAGGCCCAGAACACUCAGCUGCGGCAGGCUUGUGAGGCACUGCAUGCACAGCUGGAGGGGGUGCAGGAGCAGCUGCACAGACUGGAGGGUGAUGCUCGGGGCCGCCAGGAGCAAACACAACGAGACGUGGUUGCAGUCUCCAGGAACAUGCAGAAAGAGAAACUCAGCCUCCUACGGCAACUAGAGCUGCUCAGGGAGCUGAAUGCACGGCUUCGAGACCUACGAGAUGAGAGACAGACCUGUGAGGCCAGGCUGCUCAGAAGCAGCCACAAGAAGGCUCUGGCCACAGCCCGCUUGCCUGGGCCCACCUGCUGCUGCUGUUGCAGCUGGGCUAGGCCCCCCAGACGUGGGUCUGGCCACCUUCCCAGUGCCCGAUAACCAGCUCUAAGUGACUCCCUUGGGCAUUACCUGGAGGAGCUGCCCCUUGAAGGCUACUUGUCCUGGGCGGAGACCUACCAUACAGGGUGUGGGCUCUAGCCCACAAAGACAUGCAGGAACUAACCUGUGGGUGGUAAAGGUCUCAAGGGACUCAUGUGCCCCUGCCAGGUGUGCCCUUGCCAAUACUUAUCCUGUUCCCAGCAAGGGAAAA